GCCGACUUUCAAAAACUUAAAAUAUUUUUCUGCCACUUUUUAGUCGAUUACUCCAUAGUUAUCCAUUAUUAAACUCCAGGACCUUUUAACUAAAUAGCAAAAGGUUGUAGGAGGAACCUACAGUAUUACAGAUACAUCAUGUCUGAUGACAGUGACCUAGAAAACCUGUUCCAAGACCUCAGUCAGAAGAUAAGUUUUGGCAGUGCCAGACCUAAGCCUACAAAGGCCAAGAAGAAAGCAACCAAGAAUACUCCAAAGACAGCUGUUCAUGGAGGAUUGAAAGAAUGGGCCUAUGAAGAUUACACUGUUUCACCACUGGGAGUAGUUCUCUCACAAAAUUCCCAACCUGUUAUCUGUGAUGAAGAUGAUCAUCAUAAAAGUUCAGUUAAAGCAGCCAUAAAAUCUAAGCCUAAAGUCACAAAAACCAAAGAGAACAAACAACCAAACAUUGUGAUGGAAGAUGACCUUGACCUUGAUGCUAUCUUACCCGCACCCAAACAAUCCACCACCAAGAAAUCCAAGAUUUACAAAACAAGGGUCAGCAGUAAGAAAUUGUUAAAAAUAGGGGCAGAAAGUUUGAAGUCACCCCCUUCAUCCACAAAACGAGACGAACCACCAAAGCCUCCCAAUAAUAUAGAUCUUGAUUUGGAUUUUCUACCAGAUGUUAAGUCAUCUUCAAAAACUGAAAAAUUGAGAAAAACUAAACUACCUGCCAAAGGUCCUAGAAAGAACAAACCUAGUAAAGAAAGUCUACCAAUUGAGGAUGGUUUCAGACCAGAUGAUACGAACAUAUUCAGUUCUACAGCACGUGACAGUCUUACUUUAAACGACACUGUGUGUUCCAUCAGAAGCGUCCUCUCUCAACCCUCUGCAGACCUCGACUUUGAGAUUGACUCAGAUCUCGAUGAAAUUCCUUUGAAGAAAACAAACCCUAAACAAAAAUCCAAAAAGAAACCCCAACCAUCUGACGUCAUUGAUGAUUUGGACUUACCUUGUAUUAUGCCUGUUUCAUCUCAGAGGAAAUCUGUUAAAAAAGGUGUAAAGUCAAAGAAAAAAGCUAAAAAUGGUCCACCUAUUGUACAAAGCACUAACAUUAGUGCAAUUAAGAGCCCCAAUGAACUGUAUAAUAUAAAUAGUAUCAGCAGUUGUUCAUCGGAUAGCGCCAAUAGUACAAAUCUCGGUGGAAGUUACGAAAUUGAGAAAAAAUGUAAGAACGUAGAUGCUCCGAUAGAAGAAGUCAUUCCUGAUACACAGCAGACCUCAACGAGUGACAGAAAUGACUCAGAUGGGAGUGUCAAGCUUGGUAAUCAAAAUGAUGUCAUCCCUGACUCACAAGAACCUGCAAUAGAUGGCACUGAAAGUGCAGUUAUCCCUGAUUCUCAGAAUGUAAUUGAAAUUGUCCAAUUGAACCCCUUGAUGGUCCCAGACACUGAAAAUAUAGAUGAAUGUAUGACAGAUGAUGCCGACACCGAUAAUGCUGCUGAACCUGAUAAAGACAUUAUAGUUCCAGAUAGUGAGGUGGUGCCUAUAAGUAAGAACAACAGUGAUCAUGCUGAAACAUUUGUGCCUGAGAUUGUACAACUGAAUCCCUUAAUGUUAGUGCCAGAUAGUGAAAAUAUCAAUGACUUAAUGACUGAUGAUAGUGCUUGUGUUGAUGAAGGUAAUGCUAAUGGUAGAACACAUGAAACAACUGUUCCUGAAACACAGAACCUUUUGACUGAAGAUGAAGACGAAAACCACCCUAUUGAUGAAAAGAAACUAAGCCACAAGAAACUGGAAAAAGACAAUGUACAAAAUGAUCAUAAAGAUCAAAAUAUACAGCAUGUGAAUAUAAAAGCUAAUGCUGCUCAUACACCUACAUCUAGCCGAAAUAUUGAUAAUUUUAUCUCGGAAAGCCGAAGUGAAUGCUUCAAAAGUCCAAAUAUCGCUUCAGUGAAAGACUUGGAUAACAACAGAAGAGUUUCAAUUAAUACAAUAGAUGUCACCACUAUUGCAAGUACCGCCAAUCUAAAACACGUCAUGAAUGUGAAACGGACAGGAGGAAUACAUGAUGAAACACUGAACAGACAUUUUCAAGGAAAAGGAAAUAAACAACCAUUUGAAAAUAUAUUAACUGUUGAGGAUACUCAAACAUCUGAUGCAGAUGAUUCCGAAAAUGUCCCAGUGCCAGAUAACAUUGUGCUUGAUACUCAAAUGGAUGACUUUCAAAUUCCUGAAUUUUCCGAAAUCCCGAAAAAUUCUGAAAAUUUUCGCAUUGCUGAAACACAAUUUUCAGAUGAUGAGAUUACAAAUGCCAAAACAGGAGGACAAUUCAUUUGCCCUGAAACUCAAGAUAUGGAUGACGACACCAAUGAUUCCAGACCAUCAUUUGCAAGUGAAGCUUCGUUAGACAUAAAUGAGUUUAUCAAGAGAGGA